AUGCCAUUUUCUGGAGUUUCUGAAUGCCCAUCGUAUGACUGUGUUUCGACUAAUAACUGCUUGUUCACCCCGGCACCCGGGUGUUGCCCGUCCAGCGCAGGCCUAUUACCAAACGGCAACUUCGAGCAAGUGCCGGACGCGUCCCAGCUGAACGGCACGAGGGUGACGGGACUACCCAGCUGGGAGAUCUCCGGAUUCGUGGAGUACAUCCAGUCCGGGCAGAACCAGCAGGACGGCAUGGUCCUGGCGGUGCCGGAGGGCGCGCACGCCGUGCGCCUGGGCAACGACGCGUCGAUCCGGCAGCUGCUGACGGGCCUGUCCCGGCGCGCCUUCUACUCCGUCACCUUCAGCGCGGCGCGCACCUGCGCCCAGGCCGAGCAGCUCAACGUGUCGGCCGGCCCGGAGUCCGGCAUCCUCCCCAUCCAGACCGUGUACACCAGCAGCGGCUGGGACUCCUACUCCUACGCCUUCAGGGCCAGGCACACCACCGCGUGGCUCACCGUCCACAACACCGGCGUCGACGAGGACCCGGCGUGCGGCCCGCUCGUCGACGCCUUCGCCAUCAAGACCCUCAACCCCCCGCACCGCGAGAAGGGCAACUUGCUGAAGAACGGAGACUUCGAGGACGGCCCGUACGUCGCCCCGGACAACCCGUGGGGCCUGCUGGUGCCGCCCAUGGACGAGGACGACGUCUCGCCGCUGCCGGGGUGGAUGAUCAUGUCCGACACCAAGUCCGUCCGGUACGUGGACGCGGCGCACCACAAGGUGCCGCACGGCUCCUACGCCGUGGAGCUGGUCGCCGGCAGCGAGUGCGCGCUGCUGCAGGAGGCGCGCACCGUGGCCGGCCGGGCGUACAAGCUGUCCUUCUCCGUCGGGGACGCGGGCAACGGCUGCGCGCAGCCCCUGGCCGUGAGGGUCUCCGCGGCGUACUCGAGCCAGGUGGUGACGCACCAGUCGCAGGGCACGGGCGGGUCCCGGCGCGGCGAGCUCGAGUUCGCGGCGAUCGCCGACGCCACCCGCGUCGUGUUCCAGAGCGCGAACCACUACAUGAAGCCCGACGGGACGCUGUGCGGGCCGGUCGUGGACGACGUCUCCCUCGUCACCGUGCGAAAGCCCGCGGCGCGCCGCCGGGUGUUCAUGUAGUUCUGAUCUAGUCUGCCGCUUGGAAGCAUGUACUGGUGCGAGCUGGGAAGGUGCAUCCAUGGUACGGUCGGAGUCUGCUAGCUCCGGCGUUGCGUGACCGAUGUCCGGCCAACAUGCCAUCGAUUUCGUAUCUUUGGAGAUUUUUGUUGGUUAAGAAACUCAGGUAGAG